AUGACUCCUUGGGAAAGACGACUUCUUAAUGCUUCAAGUGGAGGAUCUUUGACUGACAAGACCCCAACGGAGAUUCGGGAUCUCAUAAAAAACAUAGCGGAGGAUUCAAGGCAUACUAGUCAAGAUGAAGAUUGGUACACAAAUGCACCUCGAUGUGUAAAAGAGGUGCACACUCCUCAAAUUGUAGCUCAACUGUCCGAGUUGACUAAGGUGGUAAUGAUGCUUGCUAAGGACAAAGGAGGCUAUUCCGGGCAUAAUCAAAGAACUUACGAUCAGUCCCAAGGAAAUCAAGGGUGGAACAACAACCAAAACAUGAGCUAUCAACAAAGACCACCACCCCAUUACCAAGCAAGGCCUCCAUUCCCACAACAAAAUUACCAACCGAGGCAACUACAACCUCCUCCUCAACAAGCCGGAUCCUCAAGUAUGUCCUUAGAAGACAUAGUCAAAAGCCUUGCCACUAGCACCCAAAGUUUUCAGCAAGAGACCAAGGCAAGCAUCAAGAAUCUUGAGCAACAAAUGGCACAACUUGCUCAAUCGGUGAGCAAAAUGGAGAAUCAAGGAAAGCUACCUCCUCAAACUGAAAAGAACCCAAAGCGCAAUGCUUGUUCAAUUAUCUUGAGGAGUGGAAAGAAAUAUGACGACCCAAAGAUGCUCGAUGAAGAAGAAGAGGAGUUGGUGAUAGAAGAACCACAAAAGAAGUAUGAAAAGAAAGAAAAAAUGGUGGAGAAAAAGAAGUCGGAAGAGAAAGAAGCAAAGAUCACACCACCACCUUUUCCAUCAAGAUUGAGCAGCAACAAAAAAGAGAGAGAAGAUAGUGAGAUCAUGGCAAUGUUCCGGAAAGUUGAAGUCAACAUCCCUCUCUUAGAUGCGAUCAAACAGGUACCUAGAUAUGCUAAGUUCCUUAAGGAACUUUGCACAUAUAAAAAGAAGCUGCGAGAAAAGGAUGCCCCAAAGUGCAAGGAUCCAGGUGUUUUCACCGUUCCUUGCAAAAUGGGAAACUUAUAUGUCCCCCAUGCUAUGCUAGAUUUAGGAGCUUCAAUUAAUGUUUUACCAUAUUCUGUUUAUAAAUCUAUUGGCAUAGGCACUUUAACAAAAACAGGGGUGAUCAUCCAACUUGCAGAUCGUUCUAUAGUACACCCAAAAGGUGUAUUAGAGAAUGUUUUGGUACAAGUUAAUGAGCUGGUCUUUCCUACAGAUUUUUAUGUGCUUGAUAUGGGAGAUGAUGACCAUCCAUCCUCGAGUUCCAUACUUUUAGGUAGACCAUUCUUGAAAACAGCAAGAACAAAAAUUGAUGUCUACAAUGGUACAUUGUCCAUGGAAUUCGAUGGGGAGGUCAUCAACUUCAAUAUCUACAAAGCAAUGAGGUACCCAAGUGAUGUUCAUUGCAUAAAUUUUGUUGAUAUAAUCCAACCUUUGACUGAAAAGUGUUUUGAGUUGACUAACCAUGAUUUGUUGGAGUUAGUUUUGAGCAGGAAAUUUGAUAACAAUUCAGCCAAAGAGACUGCAGAAAAUUUCAAGUUAGAUGAAGAGUUGCUGGAAAUUGUGGAGAGCAUAGAAGAAAAGAAGAAAAUGAGGUAUGAUAAUAGCAAUGUGAAAUUGCCCAUUUCUAACACAAAACUUCUUCCUUCCAUUGUGCAGGCACCUAAGCUAGAAUUGAAGACUCUUCCAGAUCACUUGAAGUAUGCAUACCUUGGGGAAAAGAAGACUUUGCCUGUCAUUAUCUCCAACAAGUUGUCCAUUGCAGAAGUGCUCUUUGGUGGACAUCACUGA